UCUUGGGGGAAGGGAGUCUCUGGUCCCCAGAAAGGGUUGCAGGGAGGGGUCUGGCACAUGAGAGGACCUGAGGCAGAGGCGCCAGGGUCGCCAGGAAUAAGAAUUCAGGUAGGGGCGGAUUAUUCAAUAGGCAAAGUAAGCCAGUGUUUACCUUGCUUAUCAGAUCAUCUGUAGUAAUCAGUGUCAUAUUUUUUCACCACAUCAAAGAUUCUGCUUCUAGGUAUGGCUGGUAUCUGUCUCUCUCUCAACUCCACAGCACCCUCCUACAGAAUCAAAGCCUUUUUUAAAAUUUAUAAUCCCUGACAGGGACACAUUAUCCAGUAAGCAAGGUGAACACAGGCUUACCUGUGCUUAUUUACUAAUCCGUAGGAAAAUCUGGUGGUGUAGUGGUUAAGAGCUAGGGCUGCUAAUCAAAAGGUGGGCAGUGCAAAUCCACCAGGUGUUCCUUGGAAACUCUAUAGGACAGUUCUACUCUGUCCUAUAGGGUUGCUGUCAAUUGGAAUGGACUGGACGGCCACGGGUUUGGCUUUUUUAAAAAAAAAAAACAAACAUGUUAAAUUGUUAACUACAGAUUAGUAAAUAGGCACAAAUAAGCCAGUGUUUACCUUGUUUAUUGGGUAACCCGCCCCUAGUUCCAGGCAGGGAGCCUUGCCAGUGCCAGUAGAAGCCCGUGCCGUCGCGUGGAUUCCGACUCAUAGGGACCCUAUAGGGCAGAGUAGAACUGCCCCAUAGAGUUUCCAAGGAGUGCCUGGCGGAUUUGAACUGCCGACCCUUUGGUUAGCAGCCGUAGCACUUAACCACUACACCACCAGGGUUUCCUUAGGAGCCUUAGGGUUUCCCAGUUAGGAGGACAAAAAGGCUUGAGGGAAGGAGUCUCCAGGUCCCCAAGCAGGGAUGCUGGGGGAGGAGUUUGGGGGGAUGAAAGGUGUGUCGGGGGAAGGAAGACACUGGGGGAGAUGGCCGGGGAGACAGGAGGUCCUGAAGCCAGGGCCUAGAGCAGGAGGGGUGUUGGCCAAUGCGACCUAUGUGGCCCCCUGGCAGCAGCCUCCCUGGCAUGGGGGUGAAGCGGAGUCUUCAGAGCGGAGGUACCGUGCUCAGCUUCUUAGCCAACAUCCUCAUGGUGCUCUCCACUGUCACCAACUACUGGACCCGCUACCCAGACGGCCACAGCGGCUUGUGGAAGGAGUGUAAUAGCGGCGGCUGUUCCACCAUCCCAUGCCAGACCAUGCUGGCGAUGACAGGCGCGUGCAUGGUGCUGGCUGCGGGUUCUGGCUUCGUGAGCAUGGCCAUGGGGCUGCGCAUUUUGUGCCACCAGGGCGACUCGCUGCGCGGCCAGACGACGAGCGCCAUCUUCUUCCUCAGCGGGUUGCUGCUGCUGAUCGCAAUGACAGGCUACACGGUGAAGGAUGUGUGGAAGUCGGACGUCUUCUUCUCCUGGUCCUAUUUUUCGGGGUGGCUGGCUUUACCCUUUUCUAUUCUCGCGGGCUUCUGCUUUCUGCUGGCGGACAUGAUCGUUCAGAGCACCGACGCCAUCAGUGGAUUCCCUGUGUGCCUGUGACCGCGGCCUGCCUGGGGCAGAAUAAAGUUACAGCUCCCGCCGUAGCGGCUCCGCGCGUCUUUCUGGGGACGUGGGGACACGGACACGGGGGACAUGAAAGUGGGGGGACGCAGGACCUGAGAACAUGAGUACAGAGGGAACGUGGAGACACGGGGGAACACGGACGUGGAGGCAGGAACACAGUGGGCAAGGGGCAUGGGUUUGGAGGGGAAAGGGGACACUUGGGGUCAUAAGGGGACACGGGCAUAUGGGGAGGCUGUGGGGACACGAAGGUCGGGGAGACGCGGAUAUGAUGGGACAUAAAGGCAUGUGCAUGGAGGGAUGGGUAGAUACGGGCAGGGGGGACAUGGAGGCCUGAAGAUACAGACACGAGAUGGCAUGGGAACGCCGGCACUGGGUGGGCAUGGGGACACGGAUAUGGCGACUCGGGGAGCAAGAAAGAAGGAGAAAAACUGGGGGUGGGGGGAUAAGGGAGAUCCAGUAACAUUAGGAAGAGUCUAGGACGACGGAGAGAAUUUCCAGUCCUGAAGUGCUGCGCUCGCAGACACGACUUUCACCUAGUUCCCGGCCUCGCCCCCUUCACAAAGCUCUUUCCUUUGGGUCCGCGUCCUAUUG